AUGGCUGUUUCGGGUUUGCCCGUGGCCUGCCCGUGGGUUGCCGUCAGCUCUAUAUGCCCUCCCUUGUGUAUCUCCGGGCACCAUCUAGUUGCCCGAUUUGGCUGCGAAAGGGUCGUCUGCCGCAUCGAAUGUGCAUAUUUCUCAUGCAAGUUGAAUGGAGAAAGAAGUGGUCCCAAACUUGAUCCGAGCUUCGAAAACUAUAAAGAGGCAUGGUUCCGACUCAUAACAUCAUCAUCCAACAACAUGAAGUUCUCAACUGCCUUCGUUUCUACUUUAUUUGCAACCUACGCUGCCGCCGCACCUCUUGCUGCAGCAUCUGAUAAGAUUCCAGUUCCCUUCCCAAAGAGUGCUGUCAACCAAAUUGUGACUAUUGACGAAACCAAUGCUCCAAUUUACCUCAACAACAGUGGAACUAUCACCCUUUUCCUUGUGAACACCACCGUUAAGGAGGAAAGUCCAGAAAAACGUGAGCUUGGUGAAGUUGCAACCGGCUACGAAUUCAAUGCUGCUCAGUAUAUGAAGCGGGAAAGCUUUCCCAUUGAAAACUUGGUGCCUGAGUCGAGCCUUGAGAAGAGAGAAGACAAGAAGAACUCGAGAUUUUUGACUUAUUGGUUUUUCCAACCAAUUAUGAAGAGAGGAGAGGAAGAGACCUCGGAAGUAGUGAAGAGAGAAGCUAAGAAAAAUUCCAGAUUUUUGACCUACUGGUUCUUCCAGCCAAUUAUGAAGAGAGAAGAAGAUAUCGUUGCUGGAGACGAGAUGGUCAAGAGAGAAGCCAAGAAAAACUCUAGAUUUUUGACCUACUGGUUCUUUCAACCAAUUAUGAAAAGAGAGGGAGGUAAUGAAGUGGAAAAGAGAGAUGCAAAGAAAAACUCCAGAUUCUUGACUUACUGGUUCUUCCAACCAAUUAUGUAG